AUGGAUAAGGAAGACACCGAUUUCCCAUUCUCUUGCGACAUUGAAAUGGUGCAAGGCGAUCAGCUGAAGGAGAAGAGACGCCAGGCGCGAGUCAACUUUUUGGCCAUUCAGGUGGUUAAAUUGUACCGCAAAGCACUACCAAAUAUGACUUACAUGAGGAGUUGCCCACUGCCAAACACAUUGAUCAAUAGUCUACCAACUGAAUUGAUAUGCGAGAUACUUGGUUAUUUACACCCGACAGAUUUGCUGAAUUUGACCCAUAUACAUACUUCUGUAUCGGCCCUUCUAAAGGAUGAAGCUUUCGAUUUCGUUUGGAAGUCAUCCUUCUCGAAUUACCCCGACAUCCCUUGCAUACCUGUGGACAUAGUCGGUCUCAAGUGGGCAGACAUGCUGUUCGGUCCUCUCAUCUGCGAAAACUGUGGAACUAGCCCUGCAAUACCUAACAUUACAUUUUAUCGUCGGCUGUGCGACAUUUGUAACACCAAAGAGUUUAUUGAUUACGAACAAACAGAAGCUGCCCAUCUCCUGUCCAAACCAGCUCAGCUGAUAGCCAUCGACCCUUAUCAUGAAUAUGCAGAGUGUAUCUCGUCGCGUCUACGUAGCAAGACAGAACUAAACGACAUUGAAUUGACCCUUUUGCGGCUUCAAGGGACACCUGAAGAUGCUCGUGCUCUCGAGAAGGCGUUCAUAGAUUAUGAAUCUGAACGACACAAUAUUAUUUCGGAGACGAUCAAUAAAAAUCACGAGGUCGCUUAUUGGGCCAAUUCUAUUCAAACAACUCUCUUCGAGAAGGCUCGGUCCAAAAUUACUACUAUACUGAAGAAUAUUAAGCUACGCUUCAAGGGGAUUGGAGUUGAUCCUCGAGAUCUCCGCGACACACAUUGGGAUAUGGAAAUUUUGACAAAGCUUGCAAACAUCCAUGGCGUGGCACGUUUAACCCGAAAACGGUGGAACAAGAUCCGACCUUACCUCGAGCACGACGUUGCUUUUGCGACAGACAGACGGCUGGCUCGCGAGCGGAAGAUGCUAAUAUGUCGCCGGAUGGAAUUUGUGAAAGAGCAAUGCCGGAAGUUUGCUGAACAAUGGUUGCCAUCGGCCUGGGCAUAUCUACCACCUUUCUACGUCGUUCAAGGUUUUGAUUCUAUCUACAAGGUCAUACACGCGCCGCACGAUCGCGAACUAGAAGAGAAAGAAGUGGACGAAGUAUUGAAGCAUUUGGCUGAGGAAGUAAACAGAUGGCAUAAAGAGAAAAUGGAACAGUUGGUGUCUAUAAUCCCAGACGAUGAAGUCAAAGAGCCAGCUGCAGACGUCAACUGUAUAAAUCUUGCCACGUCGGUUUUUCAUUGUUUUGGAUCCUCUCAGGCUUCACUUCGAAUGGGUGGCUGUUUGAUUGGCUGGGAUGGUGCUGGGCCACAUUUACGGUGUCGUUCAUUACAGCGAUGUUGGGAAAGGCGAUUACAUUUUUCAAGGCGCGGAUACGAAGCGGCGAUCUCUCUCGUCCGGCUCGCAGGCCUGGACCCCCUGACCACGACAAAAUGGGAGAUGGACGCCCUUGACAGACGAUUUGUAUGCAUGAAUUGUCCGCUGGCACACACCAACUCGAGACAGGUCUAUGACUGGACAGAGGCGGUUUACCACGGCAUGUUGACAGAAGAUAACCAGGCUCAUAUGACGUUUUUAUGGAGGCUCCUGGGACCUGAGGCAGAAGCCGACAUCAAGCGUCGCGAGGGCCCUGACCCUUACAUAUGGGAUACAAAUUGGAUUUGCAACCAUUGUUCUGCCCAUUUUGAGAACCGCGUAACGCGAAGGGACGUUAUUAUGCAUACACGCGAAAGGCAUGACAUAUCGCGCCCUGUUGAUAAUCUUGACUAUGUCUACUUUGCGGGCGAUCGCUCACCUCGUCCCCCUGCGCUUCUUCCUGUUGUGGACGCACGUGAAUAUGUAUGCUUGUGGUGCGCUCCGGUUAAACGUCGGCUGUAUCGUUCAAAAACUGUGAGAUCUCACAUCAGGGAUGCCCACGGUAUUGCAGAGCCUGUCGAAACUAACGAUUGGAAAAGGGUUGACAUUUUCUCACCGCCUGGUGAUUGA